AUGGCAGUGCUAGCCGUGCAGAUUGGGCAGUGCGGCAACCAGCUGGGUGCGGCUCUCUUUUCCCGAAUCGCCGAGGAAAUAUCUAUCGCCCAGAGUGCCGACGACGACUCGCGUGCCGAAACUCUAGCUGAUACCUUUUUUCGCGAAGCCGAAUCCUCCCCAGCCAAGGCGCCGCAGGCCUUCGCGCGGACAGAUUGGCAGUCCACGGGUUCCUUCGCGUCUGCUGGCGGAUACAAGCUAGAGCUCGCGCGAAUCGAUCGAGGCGCAUGGAAUCUCGCGCCCUCUGAAAGCGCGUAUUCAGACUGUAACGGCACCUCUUCUCCCGCGGUCGCCCGAUGUAUUCUUAUCGAUAGUGAGCCAGGCGUCCUCAACGCAUGCAUGGCCAGCGUGUAUUCCGCCGCCCCGCUGGGCGCACGCGACAAGAAGGGCUUCCGCUUGCACGGUUGCCCUACGUUUUCCUCUCGAAACCUGCACCAUUCGGCAUACCCCAGUCUUUUUCACUGGAGAUACGACAGAAGAAACGCGAUCUGCGGCGCACGUGCCGCCGGAUGCGGAAAUAACUGGGCUGUCGGCUAUCUGCGCGAAGGACCAGACAAGGAGGAAGCCAUAGUCGGCGCCCUACAGCGCGAGCUCGAAAAAAUCGACCGCUCAGUUUCCAUUCUUCUCAUCCACAGCCUUGCCGGGGGCACUGGCUCGGGCUUGGGGGCUUUCGUGAGCGAACUCUGCCGCGACUUGCUGGGCUCGACGCCAACCGCCAAUCUUGCGGUGUGGCCGUUCGCUUCCGGCGAGCUCUCUGUGCAAAGCUACAACGCGGCGCUGUCGCUGGCGCACGCCUACCCCUGCACGAAUGGUGUAUUCCUCGCUGAAAACGCGCGAUUUGAGGAGCUCUGUCGGGCGUCAGGCCCUAGCGUUGGGGGGCCAUCGUUCGACGACAUGAAUCGUGGAAUUGCCGCUGCUGUUGCCUCCGCCGCCCUCCUUCCCUUCCACUCUGCGGUGGUACCUAACGCGCCCCGCGCCUCUCGCGAGCCGAAAAAAACCGCAGGCAGCCACAACAAAAGGAACUCCAUUCGAAACAGAGAUGCCCCGUCCGCUGGGAGGUCGACCCCGCGACAGACAGCGUCCGCGGCAGCUGUGUCACCAGAGCCGCAGGCACGCGACUCUGAUGAGUGCGGCAAUACGGAUUAUCCUCCUUUGGGAGUUAGCCCGUUACCUUUCGUCCUGCAGGACCUCUGCAUGUUGCCCGCAUACAAACUGCUCACAGUUUUUCACAAGCCGAUACCCCCUCUGUCAUCAGCCUCUUUAGAUUCGAACGGAGCGGGCGGGAGUCCUCCGUACACUCAGCACGACAGCCCGCUUGGCUGCGACACGUAUGCGGGAUUAUACAAGCAAACGCUGCGUCUGUUUUCGCGAAGGGUGUUGCCUUUAACUUCUUGUAUCGCGAGCCAGCAAUGUACUGACCCGGGCGGGGGGAGUCGAGCCACAACACUUUCGCGUCAGGAAAUCGCUGUAGCCGCCAGCCUUGAAAAGGGCGAGGAGUUCUACCCGUCGUACCCGAUAUCCUCCAGCGCGCCGGCGCAGACGUCAGCGAUUCGGUGUCGAAGAGGGGAAAUAAGGAAAACGUGUUCAGACCCCACAUCUAAUUCGUUCGGGAGGAACUGGAAAUCUGUCCGAGAUACUGUACAUUCCGGAUAUCUGAGUAAAGACAACGUUCAAACAGCUGAGGAGCGACGGAGUGGCGGCAUCGGGACUGUGGGCACCUGGGCCAUUGUAAAGGGAAAGGACGUCGACAGAGCAGAUCUAGAAGAAGCGUUUCGCCCGGAAGAGCAGCUUAGCGCAGUCGUGCGAGCCUGGGAAGACGCGCCCCUGAGAGUCAUUCGCGAGAAGACCAGCGGACGUGGCGGCACCAAUCGACGAAGUGCGACUCUGAUCUCGAACUGCCAGACACCCGCCGUGGCGUUACGCGCAGGGCUCGAGAAGGGGAAAGCCAUGAUAGCUUUCAAUGCGUAUACACAUCACUAUGAGAAGCAUGGGCUUCCGCGGUCUGAUAUUCAGGAGUCUCUCAUGAGCCUUGAAACCAUUGCACAGGCCUAUGAAAUGCUAUAA